CGGUGCCCGGCUGGAGGAAUGUCAUGGUUUCACUUGUGAUUGGCUGGGGAAUGGAGGAGUCAGUUUUCACGGGGGCUGAUCAAAAAGUUCCCUUUUGCUUUCCAAAGUUGCUGUCUGAGCAGAGGCAUCGGGAAGAGGAGGCCAGUCGCUCUAAUAUUCCUCAGAAAAGCUACUUAAAUGAAAUGAGAAGGCUUCUCUAUCCAAGGAUAUACAGCCAAGAACAGACGCCGAGAAGCUGUUUUCCUUCUUUUCUCCCCCAACUCCUACCGGAGUUGAACAGCUCUCGUUUCUGGCAUGCGUCUCAUCUCUCAGGAUACUAUGUCACAGUAUUCUACUAACUUUCUCUUGCUCCCCAUACCAGAGUAUCCUGUGUUAGACUGCGUGCCCAACAAAAUCAUCAAGCUCGUGGUACUGGGUGGCAGUAGCGUUGGCAAGACAGCUCUGGUUGUACGCUUUCUCACAAAGAGAUUUAUUGGAGACUAUGAAGCCAAUACUGGCGCUUUAUAUUCAAGAAAGUUCACCAUAGAUGGGGAACAGAUCUCUCUACAGGUGCAGGAUACUCCCUUUGUUUCAUUGGAGGAUGACACUGACAGCAUAUGCUGCCAAGAGCAGAUAAACCGCUCAAUCUACUGGGCAGAUGGCUUCGUUUUUGUUUACUCCAUCACAGACUACGAGAGCUACCGAGUCAUCCGUCCCCUACACCAGCACAUCCGAAAGAUUCACCCGAAUGCCAACAUUCCCCUGCUCCUGAUGGCAAACAAAGGAGACCUCCUGCGAGCCAGGCAGGUGUCCUCCAAAGAAGGGCUGCAGCUGGCCAGUGAACUGGGAGGUACUUACUAUGAAGUCUCAGCCCGGGAGAACUGUGAGGGAGUGCAUGAAGCCUUCCAGCAGCUUUGCCAGGAGGUCAGCAGGAUGAUUGGGAGCUGCAAUGGAGAGAAACGAAGAGGCCUCCACCUUGUCCGACCGAAGUCUCCAAAUAUGCAGGACUUAAAGAGACGUUUGAAACAGGCUCUGACUUCCAAAGGGAAAUCUGCCACUACGCUUUGAUGUAGCUGACAGAAAUUGUUUUCCACAGCCCUGAAAAAAAGGCAAGAAAAUAAGCUGGUAAUAAGGGGCAUCUCUGAAAUUCAGCAAUCAGGUUGUGUGAGAGGGUCUUUCAUUUUGUCUUUACAUCUUCCUUAAAAAUCCCAUCCUCAUUCAGCAAAGGAAUUUACAGAAUUUUCUCUUUGGGGCAAAAGAAUUUAGAAACUGUGAUUUAAAAAAUAGAUUGUCCCAAAUUAUUUCCUUUGUGAAAGGGACACAGUCAAAUAGUUUAGGCUUAAAAUGUGGAUUUUAUUAAUAAAGAUAAUAAAUCCUACUUUUAAGAGAAGUGACUUAUCCUGGGGAUGGUUGUAUUCCCAAACAUAGGUAAUAAGCUACAGCAAGACAUGAGGAGAGUGAUGUGGGCUAUACUGAGCAAGCAAAAUUUACCAGAUUUGCUUAGUCACAAGACUGGAAAAUAAAGGCAAAAAGUAAAAGAAGAGCGUAGAUAGUGAAAAGUAGUAAUUGAAAGCUUUUAAACUGAAGUUUAGAAAGUGUUCUUAGCAACUUGGGGAGAGAUGUGUUCAUAUGCAAGCUUUAGCCUUACAGUGUCUCUCUUUAGAAGGAGAUUUUAUAAAAAUCACUAUUUUUUCAGAUUAUCUUCCUUUGAAUGCAUGCCAGUUGUUUCUGAAAGUGAUUAUAUAGGCAAAAGACAUACCUGUACCAGCAUUUUGUAGUCAGUUUCUGAGUGGCAUACUUCUCAUUUUUCUGUAGGUUUCCUACAUGGCAAUGAGAGGGACAAAUAGCACAGUGUGGUUUAAAACCUGCAAAAAAAUGGAUUCUAUUAAUCAUGAGCAAGGAGGUGAUCUAAAACUAUUUAACUUUUUUUCCCAAACUAGUUAGAUUUUAACUUCAAAAUACUGUUUUAAAGAAACAAGGUCUUCACAUAAAGUAUAUUUAAUUCAUUAGAUUCCUUUUUUUUUAAAGAAGAGAAGGUUUUAUGAUGCCUGAAAUUUCUGGCUUUGGGAAUUCGUCAUGAUUUGCCUUAAGACUAGACUUUACUUAAUACCUCAAAACACAUCGAAAUCACCAGUCUAUCAAUAUGUAUUUCACUGGCAGCAUCUCACUGCAUUCUGUUUCAGCAAGUACAAAGGGAUUUGAAGCUGUAUGCUGUAAACUGGCCCAUUUUAUGGUAGCAAUAACAACAACAAGAAGCAUCCAUCAUUCUAUUCUCAAUGAGAGUGGAAAGAAACUGGGUUGGACCAUGUUAAAGUCAUGAUGCAAAAAUCUUUUCUUUAAACAGGCCAUAUGAGGUCACGGGACCAUGAAAUGA